AUGCGUGAGGCUGCGGAGCGGAGGCAGCAGCUCGAGUUGGAGCAUGAGCAGGCCUUGGCUGUACUCAAUGCAAAGCAGCAGGAGAUUGACCUGCUUCAGAAGGCUCAGGUUGAGGCUAAAAAAGAACAUGAGGGGGCUGUCCAUCUUUUAGAGGCCAAAGUGCGCGAGCUGGAGGAGAAAUGCCGGAAUCAAAGCGAGCAGUUCAAUCUGCUGUCCAAAGAGCUGGAGAAGUUUCGUCUGCAGGCGGGUUUUGACAUCCUCAGCACUGAACCUUUGACAGUGUGUGAAUCUCCUGGUUCUCCCAACAAGUCACUGUCGCAGCUUCUCAAUGGAUUGGCAGCCCCCAUAGGCAAAGGCAGUGAGACUCCAGCAAGCAGAUCUUUGAUAUCAGAGUUGAUUCGUCCACUCCAAAGCAGUGGGGACAAACCGGAGCUCCUGUCUGUCAAGCCAACAUUUCUAACUCGCAGUCGAGGCAGCAGCACAGCAAGGACGCUUCUCUCUGAGAUGGACAAAGACCUUGGCUCCACCACUAGGUCUAAACCAAGGUUUACAGGAAAGGUCCGUCUGUGUAUAGCUCGCUAUAGUUACAAUCCUUAUGACGGGCCAAAUGAGCAUCCGGAAGCAGAGCUUCCGCUGGUGGCAGGAAAGUACCUCUAUGUUUACGGAACAAUGGAUGAGGAUGGCUUUUAUGAAGGAGAGCUCCUAGAUGGACAACGGGGGCUUGUCCCGUCCAAUUUUGUGGAUUUUAUACAGGAGGACACAGCCUCCGUUCAACACAGGGACUCAGUAGCUAAAGAACCUGGCAACCUCAACCACAGUAGCCUGGGAACUCAAAGACUGGGGGUCAGCAGGGGAAUCGGGACAGGUUUAGGUAGCCUGCUGUCUGACAGUAAACAAAGCUGUCUAAACAGCAGCAGCAGCCUGGGUGUGGACCUCCUGGGUUCUUCAAGCAACGGGACAGGAACCUUAGAUGUCAAUAUUGACGAGGUCGGUGAAAACGUUGUGCCUUAUCCUCGCCGCAUCAACCUGAUUAAACAGCUUGCCAAGAGUAUCAUCAUUGGCUGGGACCCUCCUGUGGUUCCUCCUGGCUGGGGCUCCAUCAGUGGCUACAAUGUCCUGGUGGAUAAGGAAUUACGAAUGAGUGUCCCCUACGGGGGCAGGACUAAGUCCCUUAUUGAGAAACUUAAUCUAGCAACCAACACAUACCGGAUAUCCGUGCAGAGCGUCACCGAGCGAGGCUUGUCAGACGAGCUCCGGUGCACCGUGUUGGUGGGAAAAGAUGUGGUGGUGGCACCUUAUUACCUGCGGGUGGACAACAUCACGCAAAGCUCAGCUGAGCUCUCGUGGAUGCCCAGCAAUAGCAACUACAGUCACACCCUCUUUCUCAAUGGAGCAGAAUACGACAUGAUAAAGGCUGGGGGGUAUAAAUAUCAAUUCUUCAACCUGAAGCCCAUGACGGUUUACAAAGUCAAGGUUGUGGCACAAACGCACCAGGUGCCUUGGCAGCUUCCAAAUGAGCAGAGGGACAAGAGGGAAAUCUCUGUGGAGUUCUGCACUCAACCCGCAGGUCCCCCACUCCCACCACAGGAGGUUCAGGUCCAGUGUGGUCAGACACCCGGGAUUCUGCAGGUUAGAUGGAAGCCCCCACCGCUGACUACAGCUGGUACUUCCAACGGUGCCAGUGUAAUUGGCUAUGCUGUAUGCACAAAGGGACAGAAGAUUGCAGAGGUCUUGUAUCCAACAGCAGAUUAUGUGACAGUGGAAUUAAACAGAAUCCAAUGCCUGGAGGCCAGGGAGGUCAUCGUAAGGACGUUAUCAACACAAGGAGAGUCCCAAGACUCACCCGUGGCCAUCAUCCCGCAUAAUCUAUUAGCUCCACCCCACACCAACCCUCCAUUCCAACGCCAGCCCGUGCCCAAGUCAAAACCGCUCAUAAGUGCCAGAGAGCCAGAAACCAAAGAGCACGUGGCAAGCAUGCGGCCCGGCCCGCCCUGGGAACGCUCUCCAUCUCCGCUGCCUCCCAUGCGCGGACCCAACCUGGAGCCACCACCCUUCCAGACACGGCGAUCGCCCUCUCCUCAGAGGAUAUUGCCGCAGCCUCAGGGAGUCCCCAUCCCCAACACCAUCGCCAAGGCCAUGGCCAGGGAAGCCGCUCAGAGGGUGUUUGCUGAAGGCAACAGGGUGGAGAAGAGGAACAUCUUCAGUGAGCGUGGUAACGCCCUGCACCCACUUAACUCUGAUGAGGAGGAGGACGGUUAUGAUUCUCCUCAUGCAAGAAGAAGAGGUGCAUCGGUGGAUGAAUUUCUUCGAGGUUCCGAGCUGGGAAGACAGCACCAUUAUCAUCAUCCCCACCACUACAGCCACAGUGAGGAGUACUACACAGAGAGCAGCCGGGGAUCCGAUUUGUCCGACAUUAUGGAGGAGGACGAGGAAGAUCUCUAUUCUGAGAUGCAAUUAGAAGAGGGCCGCAGGAGAAGCAUCAACUCUCACAACUCUCUAAAGCUCAUUGGAAACCCUCCAUCCCACGGAAAUGCUGACCGUCUGGACCAUUCGGGACGGCGGCCGGUUCACAUUGGCACUCCCCCCCAGCGAAGGCCCAUCCCAUCCAUUGACAGGUACGGCGGGCGCAGGCAUGGACGUGGACGGCGCUCGCUGGAUUACUUUGAGGAAUCAGAAGCCGACGAGCUAACCCGUGUCUUUGUGGCCCUCUUCGACUAUGACCCGCUGUCCAUGUCGCCCAAUCCUGACGCUGCUGACGAGGAACUUCCAUUCAAAGAAGGCCAGGUCAUCAAGGUGUUUGGAAACAAAGACACUGAUGGCUUCUACAGAGCAGAAAUCAGAGACCGAGUGGGUUUGAUUCCUUGUAACAUGGUCUCUGAAAUCCAAACAGAGGAUGGCAAUAUGAUGGGCCAACUUCUUAAACAGGGCUUUCUCCCACUCAACACUCCAGUAGAGAAGUUAGAGAGGAACCGACGCAGUGGCCGCCAGCACGCCAUGUCAACACGCAGAAUGGUGGCCCUGUAUGACUACGACCCAAGAGAGAGUUCUCCAAACAUUGACAUUGAGGCUGAGUUGACUUUCUGUGCUGGGGAUGUCAUCACAGUUUUUGGGGAAAUAGAUGAAGAUGGAUUUUAUUAUGGUGAGCUCAACGGACACAACGGACUUGUUCCCUCCAACUUUCUCGAAGAAGUGCCUGAUGAUGUCGAGGUUUUUCUCACGGACUCCCCAUCUCGAUACCCACAGGACACUCCCACACGGAUAAAGACCAAAAGGAAGAAGAGUGUUCAUUUCACACCUUAA